AUGCCGAGGAGUGUUUCUGUGAGACCACCAGCUAAGACCGAUUUCGGUCGGGAGGUCGCCAUGAGCUGCAGCCGACGCUUACUACGAACCCUCAUCAACGAAUGUCAUAUUCGUCUGGGAAAGUACGGCAGAGAAAUCGAAAGGGAGAAAGCAGCAUGUGCAUCACACCUGGAGGAUCAAACACUGCAAAACCUGGAGAGCUGGAUCUCGAUAAAGGUGAACGUAGAGCGAGGGAAGAAGAGGGUCCAACUCCUGAACAAAAUGCGUACCCUACAGCAUGCAGAUGCAGCUAUGUCAGAACCACCGUCCGUCCACAACCUCUCAUCCAAACAGCUGACAGACGACCAGAUUAAAGUGCUUCAGCACGAAUCUGGAUACAACACAGGUGACGCGCAGCCACUGGAUUUUAUUGCGGCAUUGGAAGCGACACUCGCAAAGACAGAUACCACAGAAGACUCCAAGAACUCCAUUCGCCAGCGAGUGUCAUCGCUCAUCAUAUCCCACAAGCCACGUCGGACCAUCUCCUCGGCCGAAUUAAAGGCCAUUAGGGAAUUAAAGAUGGACGAAGAAAUAGUCAUUGUUCCAGCGGACAAAGGACGGGCAACCGUGAUCUUGGACAGAUCAGAGUACGUCGCAAAAGCCCAGGAACUACUAGACGACAACCAGUCAUACAGAGUCGUCAACUCUGACCCCAUAAAAACACUGGUAGGCAAAAUUAACAAGGGCUUAAAUCAGAUGAGGAGCCAAAAGGCGAUGUCUGAAAACGAUUGGAGACAAAUGAGACCGCAAGAUGUCGCUCCAGCGCGUUUCUACGGUUUGCCAAAAAUCCACAAGCCAAAUGUCCCCCUACGACCCAUCGUAGCGCUAAAAGGCACACCUACCUACGGACUGGCUAAAUGGCUUACCAAGCACUUAAAGAAGCUGACGGAAGGCUCCGAACACACAGCCGCCUCCUCAACGCACUUCCUAGAAAAAGUCCGAGGCGUUACAAUAGCCCCCGAUGAGAUCAUGGUAUCCUUUGACGUCGUCUCUUUGUUCACCUCCAUCCCUAAGGAGUUAGCCAUGAGAGUCAUCAGUGACCUACUGGAACGAAAGUACGACGAUGACGAAAAACCGUUUAAAAGGAAGCACGCGAUUGAGUUACUGGACCACUGCUUAUGCACGUAUUUCACUUUUAACGGCCAUACUUAUGAGCAAAUCCAGGGAACCCCGAUGGGAUCCCCGAUCUCCGGCUACCUGGCUGAGGCGGUACUACAGGAACUGGAAACUCGUGUAUUUCGGUCCCACAAGCCAAAAUUCUGGAUGCGCUAUGUGGACGAUACCUUUGUCGUCCUACACCGAGAUGCGAAGGAGGCCUUUAGAGGAGAAUUAAACUCCAUCUUCCCACAAAUCCAAUUCACAAUGGAGGAAGAAAAGGACGGAACGCUCUCUUUCCUCGACGUGCGGGUAACGAGGCAGGAAGAUGGAAUCCUCCAGACCGGUGUUUUCCGAAAAACUACAAACACAGAGAAAAUACUUUACUACAACAGCAACCAUCCGCUGUCGCAUAAACGCCCGAGGACCGGCUACCACCUGCAGACACGUCAGGCGUCAUUUACCGCGUCAAAUGUCUGGACUGUCCAGCCAACUACUGUGGCAUGA